AUGGAACGAUUUGGAGUGAAGUCUGCUCCAUCACGUAACCGCUCGAAGACUGCUUUGUAUGUAACUCCUCAGGAUCGUGUAACUGAGUUUGGCAGUGAGCUGCAUGAAGAUGGAGGAAAACUUUUCUGUACUUCCUGCAAUGUGGUUCUGAAUCACGUUCGCAAGUCUGCAAUCAAUGACCACCUCAAGUCUAAAACACACACAAAGCGAAAGGCAGAGUUCGAAGAACAGAAUGUCAGGAAGAAGCAAAGGACUCUGACUGCCUCCCUUCAAUGCAACAGUACUGCCCAGACAGAGAAAAACAGCGUCAUCCAGGACUUUGUGAAAAUGUGCCUGGAAGCUAAUAUUCCACUUGAGAAGGCUGAUCAUCCAUCUGUGCGAGCCUUCCUGUCCCGCUAUGUCAAGAAUGGUGGUUCAAUACCUAAGUCAGAUCAGCUAAGGAAAGCAUACCUGCCUGAUGGGUAUGACAAUGAGAACCAACUCAUCAAUACUGAAGACCGUUGA